AUGCUACCUAACCUGCUGUCUCUGCCGGCAAGACUUCAACACUGGCUGAGGCCGUUUGUCAUUCUGCGAGAAGGGGUUGUGAUGCUACCUAACCUGCUGUCUCUGCCGGCAAGACUUCAACACUGGCUGAGGCCGUUUGUCAUUCUGCGAGAAGAGAAACCCGCUGCCUUCUUCAAGGGAGGAGCCGCUUGA